AGCGUCCUGACGGGAGGAUCGUUUUGCUGGCGUGAACGCGACGGGGAAUCAUCGGCAUCUCUACGAGGAGAAAAAACGAAAACAAACGAACACGAUGUCGUUCGAGCUCGAAGUGGAGCCACCGGGACCGGAAGCCCAGGCCGUGGCCCUGAAGGAGCUACGGGAGACGGAGGAGAACGUACGAGAUGGGAUCCAGGCCCUGAAGAAAUACCUCGAGGAAGAUAAGACGCUAUAUUUCAAGACAGACGAUGAGUUUUUGAUGAUCUUUCUGCGACCAUGCAAGUUUUACGCACAGAGCGCGUACGAGCUGAUGAAGAGGGUGGCCGAGUUCAAGGAGAAGAACGCCAGCCUCUUCGAUAAUCUGAUGCCAACGGACGAAAAGGUCGCUUUUCUCGAGUACAACGUCGUGAACGUCCUGAAGGGACGGGACCACAAGGGUCGAAGGGUGUUGCAAGUCAAUCCCGGGAAGACCUGGGACCCGUCCAAAGUUAGCGCCGAUCAGAUACUACGAUUGCUCUAUUUGAUCCACGACGUCGCCAUGUUGGAGCCGGAGACGCAGAUAUACGGGACCGUUGUGAUAAUGGACUUCGACGGGCUGACCAUGAAGCAAGUGAUGGGCUUGACGCCAUCUUUUAGCAUGAAGCUCCUGCACUUCAUCCAGGAGGCCAUGCCGCUGCGUCUCAAAGAGGUUCACAUCGUGAAGCAACCGUUCCUGUUCAACAUGGUCUGGACGAUGUUCAAACCGUUCGUGAAGGAGAAGCUGAAGAAGCGUAUGUUCUUCCACGGGCACAAAAUGUCGUCCCUUCAUACGCACAUCCCGUCGAGCCAUUUGCCGAAGAACUAUAGCGGCGAUCUGCCGGAAAUCAAUUACACCGGCGCCGAUUGGUACCCGACGCUGCUUAAAUACGAGGAUAAAAUUAAAGAAUGGAACACGUAUGGGUUCAACAAGAACAACUAGAUCGCGACCAAGGGAAACUAUGAAAGGAGGAUUGUAGUCAUCGAAUCCUUGAAAAUGUAAAAUCUUGUUAUUGUGAUCACCCACGGUGUAAAAUGUACUUUAAGUGUUUCACGGAUCGUUAUUGUUGCAUAUCUCUGAUCGAGUUGUAAUUAAUUGUUACUUUUGUACGCCAAGGCAGUUGUUUCUGUAAACUAUAUAUAAAAAUCGUUUCA